AUGCAAUUCUCACCUGAAUUAAUCAGUUUCGUCCCUUCCCGGUUACUGUACAUCGACUACAGCGAUGGCACUUCACAUUGCUGCAACAUCCAGAAAAUUGAUGGCAAACUGGGAAUACAAACACCGUUUGGUGACAUGACGUUGUUGCUGGAGGAGUUUCCAGAUUCCUAUCGUGUGUCAGCACCACACUGGAACACUGUUGCGCUUCUUAACAAACGCGAUGGGCAAACAUCUGAUGGUUAG